AUGGUGCUGGCAGCCCCCCGGCAGACCCCUGAGGCCGGGGGCGGCGGUGGCAUCCCUGCAAUGCGCUUGGCAUCGCCUCCCCGGGGCUGGCGCUCACUGACGUCCAUGUGAUCGAGGGGUUGCUCCAUCCCGCCGCUGGGUCCAGCCGCCGUGACGGCGAGGGAGCCAGAAGGUCGAGCCGGCGUCCCCAGCGGAGCGUCCCCGGCAGCAAGGAGGGUCCCGUGGCACUGGCUGGCACCCUCCCUGCCAUGAUGCCCCGCGGGAAGAGGGACCCCGUCCUGCUCUCCCACGCUGAGCUGCCCAGCACCGACGGCGCGGGUCCCGGCAGUGGGGGGGGCGGCCGACAGUCCGCGUCGGAGGAGGAGGGCCACCUCCCCGGCCUCCCCCGCGACGAUCUCACCAAGAGCAUGUCGGGCUCCUCCGUCUCCUCCUACCACUCCGCCCUGUGCUCGGAGGGCACGGAGACCUUCAAGGACUGCCUGGAGUUUCUGGACGAGGAGGGGACGCCCCUGCGGGCGCUGACGGACAGGGCUUUCCGCAGCCUCUCGGGUCCCCCGGGCGCCCGCCUCGACAUGUGCAGCUCCCACACCUCCUCCAGCCUCUCCAACUCGCUGUCGGAGGACGGUGGGCGGCCAGGGCAGUGGCCGGCAGCUGGCGGCGAGUCCCCGGGCACAGCGGCAGCCCUCCAUGGGAGGGUGGGCUGGCCCUUCCCCACCGGCGUGGACGGGGAGCUGCUGGGCUUGCUGGGGAAGGAGCAGUUCGAGUGCGUGGACGUGGAGCUGGAGAGCGGGGAGGCCAGGAAGGGCCACGGCAAGAAGAGGACCGUCCCCAAGCGCCAGAUCCUGCUGAAGAGGAAGGAGAGGAAGGAGAUGGGUUUCGGCCCCUGGGGUGACGGCCCGGCCCCCCAACCCCUGCCCCCCACCAGGAAGGAGCCCCCCAGCAAGGGCAGGGCCAUCGGAGAGGACUUCAGGCUCAACUACAAGCAGUUCAUGAAGACAGCCUCCCUGGACGCCGAUGCCAGCAAGACCAGGGCAGCCUCUUGCCUGGUGAAAAACGUCCUCGCCAAGAAAAUGCAGUACGAGCAGAGGAUCAAGAUGGAGCAGAAGGGGCUGCGGGGCAGCUCGACCUCCUCGGGCCCGUCUUCCACCGGCACCGACUUGCUGGGGGACGGCCUGGAGGGCAAGUCCAGCUCGCUGUCCCGCUCGGACUGCAGCUUCUCAGCCGAGGACCUGCGGGGCGCCACGGUGGCCAUGGGGGAUGCCACCCCCACCCAUCCCACCAAGGGGGUGGUGCUGAGUGAGGCGACGAGGGAGAAUGUCUGCAAGCUGAAGACGACCUUCAAUGAACUCAAUGAGAGGAUGAAGUACCAGGAGGUGCUGGAGGGCCACUGCCUGCCCGGUGCCACCAAGGAGCCGGCAGUGGAGAGGAUCCACUACCGGCGAGCGCGUGCCUUGUUCGAAGCCCACCCUGGGGUGGGGAAGGCGCUGGACAUCGCCCCCAGAUUUGAGAGAGCGCCGAAGCCGUGGCCCAGCUUGAAGCAGCGAGCCAUCCUCCCCAGCCACCCCCAAACGCUCCCCUUGGAGGCCGAUGGCCUGGCGCUCCCCGCCGUGCCCUUCACCUCCCGGGGGCAGGAGGUGAGGCUGGUGCCGCAGAGCCGGCAGGAGGAGAAGCCGCCAGAGGUGCCCCGUCGGCUGCCCAGCCCUGGCACCCCGGUGGUGGGCCGGCGGUCCCCGGCAGCGGCCAAGGAGGGCUCCCCGGCCCAGAGCAGCGCCAUGCUGUGGACGGAGAAGACCAUUCUCCUCCCGCCACUGCCACCGAGUCCCACGGAGGGAAAGGAUGGACAAGGCCAUGGCGGCACUGGAGGGCUCCACGCUGCCGAAGGGCCUGAGUCAACAGUGCAGCAGUAUGGCUGCAGUGAUGGUGGGGACCCCCGAGCCAGCCCCCUGCCCGGCAGCAGCGUGCAACCACAGCCUGGGAAACCAGCGGAGAGAAGCGCACCGAAGCCACCCACAAGCGAGCAGGUGUCAGCAGAGAGCAGCGGCUCUGCGGGCAGCACCGGCCCCACCGCCCCAUUUCGAGCCGGGGAGGCCGGUGAGGGUCCCUCUGGCUGGCUGCCGGAGCAGAGGGACCGGGGCCCCUCGGGCGGGCUGCCGGAGCAGAGGGAGGCCUGGGAGCAUUUACCAAAGUGGCCGGCAGCCACUGAGCCGUACCCUCCUGCUUCCCCGGCAGAGAACUCCAACUACUUAGCAAUUCCUGUGAAAGCCCCCAAAUCUCCUCUCCGACCAAAGCUGCCCUCGAUCCCCAGCCCAGCCAGUGCAUCCUUUGGGACCCCCUCAGUCCCCAACAUGACCAACUCAUCUUUUGGCUACCCAUCAGCCUCCAGCCUGGCCAGCACGUCAUUUGGGACUCCCUUAGUCUCCAACCCCACCAGCAAGUCUUUUGGGACCCCCUUUUCGAUCCCCAGCCCAGCCAGUGCAUCCUUUGGGACCCCCUCAGUCCCCAACAUGACCAACUCAUCUUUUGGCUACCCAUCAGCCUCCAGCCUGGCCAGCACGUCAUUUGGGACUCCCUUAGUCUCCAACCCCACCAGCAAGUCUUUUGGGACCCCCUUGAUCCCCUACCUGUGCGGCCCAUCCUUUGGGACCCCCUUGACCUCUAAUCCAUCCAGUGUAUCCUUUGGGACCCCCUUGGUCCCCCAUCCAUCCAGCGCAUCCUUUGGGACCCCCUUGGUCCCAAAUCCAUCCAGCACAUCCUUUGGGACCCCCUUGGUCCCCCAUCCAUCCAGCGCAUCCUUUGGGACCCCCUUGGUCCCAAAUCCAUCCAGCACAUCCUUUGGGACCCCCUUGGUCCCCCAUCCAUCCAGCGCAUCCUUUGGGACCCCCUUGGUCCCAAAUCCAUCCAGCACAUCCUUUGGGACCCCCUCAGUCCCUAAUCUGGCCAACUCAUCACUUGGGAUCCCCUUGAUCCCCAACCCAGCCAGCUCUUCCUUUGGGUCCCCCUUGGUCACCAACCUAGUCCCCGCUUCCCUUGGGCACCCAUCAGUCCCCAACGUGGCCAGCUCAUCCUUUGGCUCCCCUUCGGCCCCCAACCCGGCCGGCGCUCCACUGGGGACCGGUGUCCCCCCCGUGGCCAGUGGGGAAGCGCCCUGGAGCAAAGCCAGCCCUGAGCCCUCCCUGCCCCGGCCCCCCGAAGGCCUGGUCGCUGGGGAGCGCCUGGUGCCGCUGCCCCCAGCCCAGCCUCAGCCUCACCUCGAGGACGCUCCCCAUUUCCUAAGGAGGCCCGACGGUGCCUCACCGAACAGUAAGAGCACACCGAGCCCCACCAAGCCCUUUGCACCCCACCUGCCUGCGCACCGGAGGAUGCUCGUCGAUCCCGACAGUGGGAAAUGCUACUACAUGGAACCGCCGCGGCAGCCUCAGCUGAAAACGCUCUACGACCCUGAGACGGGGCAGUACCUGGAGGUGCUCAUCCCACCGGUGGCAUCACACGCCGGGCUCUACCAGGCUCCUUUCAACCCCCUGGUCAUGGCCCCAGGGGUCUACGGUCCAACCUACGUGCCCUGCGGUGGCUUCCCAGGGCUCGCGGCACCCCUGCCGCCUGCCGCCCCCUCCCCGGCGCACCCCAACCUGCCAGCUGCUGAAAACCCCGGCUUCUCCAGGACCUUCAGCCCUGCUCCCAAGGGCGAGGGGCCACCCACUGCCGGGGGUCCUGACUGCGGGCACCUGGAGAGCCCUCAACAUCACCCCCGGCACGGGAGAGGCCCCCUGCCCGUGGCUGAGCUGGCGAAGCGCCGAGGGGGAACGGGCACCGACUGA